CUCCAGGUUGCGAGAGGGGAACCUUUGCGGUGCGGUUUCCUCUCGACCCUCUUCCGGAGCAUGUGGCGAAGUUCCUGGAGUUGAUGGUUGGGAUGGCUCCCCGGACCUGGCGUCGGCGGACCCUGGAGAAGUGUCUGAAAGAGAUCGGUGAAGCCACCAGGCAGCCGGAGUGUUUCCUCACGAUUCAAGAUGGAUUAGCAUCACACUUUACUUCUUUAACAAAAGUUCUUUAUGACUUUAAUAAAGUAGUGGAGAACGGUGGCAUCCCUGGAAGUCGUUUACAGAAACUUGUGAUAAACAAUUUUGAUGAUGAGCAGAUUUGGCAACAACUGGAAUUGCAAAAUGAACCAAUUUUACACUACUUUCAGAAUGCAGUUAGUGAAACAAUUAAAGAUGAAGACAUCAGUCUUCUCCCAGAGAAUGAAGAAGUGGAGUGUGAAGAGGAUGGUUCAGAGGUGGCAGCCGUUAGUCAGGAGGACCUAGAACAAGAUUUGGAAGAAGAAGAAAUGUCAGAGACAGGUGAUGAUAAUCCUAAAGGGAGUAAGCGAGCUAAAAACUCAAUCAUAGCUGAUCUUCAAGAAAGCCCAGUUUUCAGUGAUGAAGAUUCUGAUCUUGACUUUGAUAUCAGUAAAUUGGAACAGCAGAGUAAAGUUCAAGAUGCACUUCCCAGGAAGCCAAAGGAAGAGUCCAUAGUGGAUGAUAAGUUCUUUAAACUAUCUGAAAUGGAGACCUUUUUAGAGACCAUAGAAAAAGGAGAGGAGGAAAGAGAGGAGGGUGAAGAGGACGACGAUGACAUUGACUUUUUUGAAGACCUUAAUUCUGAUGAAGAUGGAGAGCUAUUUGAAAAUCAGAAACGUAAGUCAGGAAAAAGUUCCAGAAAUCUGAAAUACAAAGAUUACUUCGAUCCAGUUGAGAAUGAUGAAGGUAAAUCAAAUAUUUAUGAUGACGAGCUGGGUUCAGAUGAAGAAGAGGAAGAAUUUGCUGGAGAAGAAGCAGAUGAAGAAAGCAUUUCAGAAACGGAUGACGAUAAUGACCUGGAAGAAAGUGAAGAGGAUAAACAGCAUAAAGAAGGCUCAAAGAGAGUGACUUUUGCUUUGCCAGAUGAUGGGGAAAAUAAAGAUACAGAUAUGUUAAAUGUAAAGGAAGAUUUUGAUGAAAAUAAAUCCUCUUUUGAAAAAAGACAAGAGAAGAUGAAUGAAAAAAUUGCAUCUUUAGAGAAAGAAUUACUGGAAAAAAAGCCUUGGCAGCUUCAGGGGGAAGUGACGGCCCAGAAGCGACCGGAGAACAGCCUCCUGGAGGAGACGCUGCACUUCGACCAUGCCGUCCGCAUGGCUCCUGUGAUCACAGAGGAGACCACCCUCCAGCUAGAGGACAUCAUUAAGCAGAGGAUAAGAGAUCAGGCGUGGGAUGAUGUAGUACGGAAGGAAAAACCUAAAGAGGAUGCGUAUGAAUAUAAGAAGCGAUUAACCUUAGACCAGGAGAAGAGUAAACUGAGCCUUGCUGAAAUUUAUGAGCAGGAGUACAUGAAACUCAACCAGCAAAAAACUGCAGAAGAAGAAAAUCCAGAGCAUGUAGAAAUUCAGAAGAUGAUGGAUUCUCUCUUCCUAAAAUUAGAUGCGCUGUCAAACUUCCACUUCAUCCCCAAACCGCCGGUGCCAGAGAUUAAAGUGGUGUCCAAUCUGCCAGCAAUAGCAAUGGAGGAAGUGGCCCCCGUGAGCGUCAGUGACGCGGCCCUCCUAGCCCCUGAGGAAAUCAAGGAGAAAAAUAAAGCUGGAGAUAUAAAAACAGCUGCUGAGAAAACAGCUACAGACAAGAAAAGAGAACGCAGGAAAAAGAAAUAUCAAAAGCGUUUGAAAAUAAAGGCAAAAGAGAGGCGGAGAAAGUUGCUUGAGAAGAGCAACCCAGAUCAAGCCGGGAAGUGCAGCAAAGCGGUCGCCUCGGAGAAGCUGAACCAGCUGACCCGAGCCGGCAAAGCAUCCUUGUUAAAGGAUGAAGGAAAGGACAAGGCCCUGAAGUCGUCUCAAGCAUUCUUUGCUAAGUUACAAGAUCAAGUAAAAAUGCAAAUCAGUGAUGCAAAAAAACCAGAAAAGAAGAAAAAGAAAAAACAGGAUAUUUCUGUCCAUAAAUUAAAGCUGUAAUAUAUUUGAAUGUCAUGUACAUAUUAAUGUGUAAGCUAUUUGACUGUUCUGUUUUAUAAUAAAAUUCCUGAGUACUGUCUUAUUUGAGACUUCC